AUGCCUGACCUAGCGGCGCCUGACGGGCUUUUGGGCUCUCAUCCGCAGCCAGUUCCUACCUUCAACGGUCCCCAGCGAGGACAUAGGGGUCAUGGCAAACGACAGAGGAAACAUCCGCCUUCCCACCAAGCGGGACCCUCCGGGGCAUUAAGCGAGGCCACACAAGGGACAUGCUACAAUUGCGGAUCUUCUGAUCACUUUGUCCAAAACUGUCCUGAACGACGCCAGGACGGCCACCCCGGCUCACAUAGAAAUCCACAUCCUCCCAAACGGCAGAGAACGGCAGGCUCAAUGGAAUCGCAUCUUCGUGGAAAUUCGUCGCACAAGCACAAGCCCCGCCCUCAACGAGGGUUCACACACCCGCCGCCGCCCGAUUAUCGCCAAUAUGAACCACCUGGGCACUAUCCACCGCAGCCUCGUGAUCCCUGGCACCAUCCUCCGCCCCAACCUUAUGGAUAUGCUCCUUAUGGACCUCAUGAACCGCCUUAUCAUUCGAAUGCUUAUGGACCCCAGUACCCUCCUCCUCGAGAUGCUCACGGCCCUAUUCAACAGGAUUAUUAUCCUCCGCCGUACCCUCGCCACCAUGGGGAACGGGACUACCCACCUUAUCAUUCGGAACAUCGACCACCCGCGCCCAGGGAUGUCCAACGCAGGCAAGCUCGAGAUUACUGGAGUCGUUAUGACAAUGUGCGCUCAGUUGCACCAGUUGUUGAGCCUUGGAUGGAUGAGCUGGACCCUAUUGAGAUACCUGAUACCAGACAUGAUCCAAAUCAAAUUGUGUGGAGACCACCGCAAGCCGUUGCUCGACCUCUACCUUCAACUUUGACUGACCGGGAUGAGCUGACCAUGCCGCCGCCGAUGGCCUCUUUGCCCCGUGACAUGUCUGUCUCAAAGUAUAUCCUGGAUAAAAAAGCCGAAGAAUUUGAUUGCAACAUCAGAGAUACUGAGGAUUGGCCCUUUAUGAUGGACGACCCAAUUUUCCUAGAAAUCCCAAUGGACAGUGAGUUGAUUUCCGUCAAAGAACUUCUUGCCAUUCGAGCCAAAGUAUACGAAACCCAUCGUGUUGAGCGACAGCCUACACCUGCACCCAACGAUGAGGAAGAUGCGGAAAAUGAGGAAAUCAGAUAUGAAGAUCCCGACCAAGCCAGCGAUGGAGAUCAAAACCAGGAAGUCUCAUAUACCAGUGACUCUGAGUCCUAUGACAAUCAAUCCAGAUCAGAUGGCUCUCACCGUGAAUUUCGGGAUGAACCUUCUUCGCCUAUAUCUGGCGAGAUCAUCGAGCAAGACUUGUCUGAACAGCCACUCGACCAAGCAGACGAUUCUCAUUCGCCUUUGAUUCAGAAGCAACGCGACUAUCGUUUGAACUCACAACCCGGAUGGCGUGGUAGACAGCAACAACAAUUCGUACCACCACCUCCACCUCCAAAUGGGGAUUCAAUUCAGGCAAGGCGAGGAUCCACGGAACAUGCAAAUGAAGUCGUCAAUGGCUAUUCCAGCGAUAAUCAUCGUGAAAAUGGCCGCGAAGAGCAUGGUCAUCGGCAAGAACCAGAAGCAACCUCCGGAAGCAUUCACCAAGAUCACCUGGACUCUCGAGGCUAUGCAGCUUCUCAUCGUCACCGCCAUAAGCGAAAUAGACCAGAUGAUGUUUCUGACAGCGGUGCUGAGGAGCCUCGUCGUCAAAUUGACGAUGUCACUCCAAGGAUGAAGCGACGCCAGCCUCAAGUGGCGGAAGCUUACAGGUAUAUUCUCGUCGCCCAAUAA